AUGUAAACAUCAAAUAAGAAAUAAGCAAUCCAUUAUAAAUAAUUGGCAAAGGUUUAUAAGCAAUGUGCAGAGACAUAAAAAUUUAUAGAUGAAUUUGAAAAGAAAAACAAGGUUCAUGUUGAUAAAUUUGUUCCACUUGAUUAUUUAGAACUUCCUACUAAGAUUCCAAAUAUUAUUUCAAUAUCUUUAAAAAACAAAAAGAGAUUUGCUUUGGAGAAUAUUAUAAAAGAUGGAGGUUAAAAAUCAUCGAAAAAAAGUAGUAAUUCUAAAAGCAAAUAAAAGGAGAAAGAACCAUAAGUGGUUAAUACUGAAUGA